CCUUCCCUCUCUCUCGAACCCACAUACGCACUCUGUCCGCAACUCUCUCCAGAGGAACAAGGCAAGAGAAAGAAAGAAGGAAGAACCACAAAACUUUUCAAACAACAAGCAGGGAGGGCAAAGAGAAAACUCCCCGAAGAUGCCAAGCGCGUCGCUUUUACGCACGGAUCAUUCGGGUACGCGAGGCUUUUAAGGAGAGAAAACAGGAGGGAGGACGCGCUCUUUUUUUCCUCCUCCGCCGUAUGAGACGUCAAAAAUCUGCCUCGGGUUUAUAUACAAGUAAAGCAGGCGCUGUGGAGCUGGAACCGUGGAUGUCCCUGGGUCUGUGUGGAGGGCAGUGAAGGAUGCCAGGAUGCCCUCUCUGAUCCCCCAUCUGCUCGUCAUCUGGCUGAGCGUGCAGAGGCUGGCGUGGUGCACGGAGCGCUCCUCCACACGGGAGCGCUUCAAGGUGGUCAUCGCUCCCCUCAUCUGCAAGCGGAUCUGCCUGAAGGGCCAGUGUCAGGAUACCUGCGAGCAGGGCAACAACACCACGCUGAUCGCCGAGAACGGCCAGGCCUCCGACACGCUCAUCGGACAGGGCUUCAGGGUCGUUGUGUGUCCCCUGACGUGUAUGAACGGAGGAAUAUGCAGCUCGAGGAAACACUGCCUCUGCCCGCCAGGCUUCACCGGUCGGCUCUGCCAGUUUCCACUCCAGCAGACGCAGCAAGCACAGGCAGCGCGAGGCAACAAGCAGCCCGUCUACCCCAUAUCUCUGAAGCCAGACGGCCACAAACUGGUGGAGCAGUCAGGCAUAGGGCGGACCCAGUUGACGCAAACACACUCGGUUUUCACCCUGCCUUUUUCACAAGUAGGGCACCACUCAUCUGAAGUGCAGAUUAACGUGCGUGUUCACCACACACCGGACACGUCUGUGGUCAUUCAACCUCUCGACCAAUCAGACAUCAAGCCUCCUCACAAGACAGGGCCGCGCCCGCUCCCCCCGAGACACAAACCAAAGGGGCGCUGCUUCCAGGAGACCACGCCCAAACAAGCCUGCAACAGCACCCCACUUCCUGUUCUGACCAAUCAGGAAGAUUGCUGCGGCAGUGUGGGGAAUUCAUGGGGCCAAAACAAGUGUUAUCAGUGCCCAAAACUACCAAAUGCAUCAGUCAAACAGACAAUUGUAGAAGAGUAUGGCUCAACCUGUCCACAAGGCUAUAAAAGAUUCAACAGCACUCACUGUCAAGACAUCAACGAGUGCUCCAUGCAGGGCGUCUGUCAGAAUGGAGACUGUCUGAACACACUGGGCAGCUUCAAAUGUUCCUGUAAGGCUGGUUUGGUGCUGGACAGGCAUCGGUGUGUUGAGUCUCCAGCUGAGCAGGCUCAGUGCUUCCUGAUGGCGUCCGAGGCCAGGGGCUGCGAGCACGCGGUGACAACCCACCUUACCCAGGAGAUGUGCUGCUGCACGGUGGGCAAAGCCUGGGGCCGCAACUGUGAAAGAUGUCCUCAGGUGGGCACAGUGGCCUUCAGUAAGAUCUGCCCUGCUGGGAAAGGCUACUCCCUCCUGAACAUUAGAGAGACCGUGGCUUUCCCCCCCAUCUUCCCCCCCAAGCAUGAGAAAGAGGAGCCGAAGCGGCCGGAGAGGCCACCAGAGACAACGACCACCGUGCAGGCUCCUACCACCACCAGCAGUCCUCGUGUGCCCGUUGUUAAACCCACCCCUCCGACUAUCAUCAGAAUGACCCCAGGCAAUGACCCCUUCGAAACACAGACUAAAGUCUUGCACAUAAAUGAGUGUCAGAAGCCUGGCAUCUGUCCUAACGGCCGCUGUGAGAACCUCCCUGGUACUUACCGGUGCCUGUGCAACGAGGGCUUCCUUCCAUUAGCAGACAGCAAAGGGUGCAGUGACAUUGACGAGUGUGAGGACGUGCGGCUGUGUGCUUACGGCCACUGCAUCAACACUGAGGGCUCCUUCCAGUGCCAAUGUUACCCGGGAUACCAGCGCACACAGGAAGGAAGCCACUGUGAAGAUAUCGAUGAGUGUGAGAGACCUUCAAACUGUCAGCAGGGUCACUGUAUCAACAGCAUGGGCUCAUAUCACUGUGAGUGCCAGAAAGGCUACGCACUGGUCGGAGGCAGGAGAUGCCAAGACAUUGACGAAUGUGCUGCAGACAGAAGUCUCUGCCAGCCCUACGGCUCAUGUGAGAACAGACCGGGGUCGUAUGUGUGUGUCUGCAACCACGGUUAUGUCCUCUCAGAGGACAAACACAGCUGUGAGGCCGUUUAUGUGUUGAUAGACGAGAAGAAGGAGUGUUACCUGAACCUCGAUGACACCGUGUUCUGCGACAGCGUCCUGGCCACCAACGUCACCAAGCAGGAGUGCUGCUGCUCCAUUGGAGUGGGAUGGGGAGACCACUGUGAGAUCUACCCUUGUCCUGUCUCCCAUUCAGCCGAGUUCCACUUCCUGUGUCCAAACGGACGAGGUCUCUACUAUGAAGAAGGACUCCAGUACAGCCUGCCUGCUUUCCAUGACAUCGACGAGUGUUCUUUGUUUGCUGAUGAAAUCUGCAAGAAGGGUCGCUGUGAGAACACGCUGCCGGGCUACGAGUGCUACUGUCAGCGGGGCUUCUACUAUGACAGCAACCUCCUGGAGUGCAUUGAUGUGAAUGAAUGCCAUGACGAGUCUCUAUGCACUAACGGCCACUGCAUCAACACCGAGGGGUCCUUCUACUGCAACUGUAAGCGGCCUUGGACUCUAGAUUCCUACAAGAAUAAGUGUGUGAUGGCAAUAGUAGCAGAUGUGAAUGAGUGCGAGGACCCAGCCAACUGUAAGAACGGCCAUUGCGUGGACACCCCAGGGUCAUACUACUGCAUCUGCUCGCCGCCCUGGACCCUGGCUACUGACCGCAACAGCUGUGUGACUCCAGAGGAGCAGGCUGAUGUGAAUGAGUGCCAGGACCCCUCGUACUGUAAGAAUGGGAGGUGUGAGAACACGCCCGGCUCCUUUCACUGUUUUUGCGACCCGCCCCUCACCUUCAGUGCAGCGCUGAAACAGUGCGUCUAUGACGAUCGAACUGCAGCCCACAAGGACGUGUGUUUCCUGCAGGUUGACGAGGGCUUGAUCUGCAGCGAGCCGAGAAAUGGCAUGGUGGUGACCUACUCAGAGUGCUGCUGUCACUACGGUCGCGGAUGGGGGCCCGAGUGCAACACAUGUCCACCCAGAAACUCGGAGAUGUUCAGUCGUUUGUGCGAGAUGCAUCUGGAGACUGAGUCCGAUGGGGAGCAGGAUUUCCUCGCUGCUUUCGCCAACUACAAUCCAGGCGACAGCUCAGAGGAGGAUUCAGAUGAAUGUAGCUGUGCAAAUGGCCGCUGUGUCCGCUCCUACCUGGGCACCAUGUGUGAAUGUAACACAGGCUUUAGGCUGGACCACUCUCGCACCCGCUGUAUAGACAUUGAUGAGUGUGCGGAACCAAGGGCUCGUGUCAGUCCCUGUAAGAACGCUCGCUGUGUGAACACCACCGGCUCAUACAAGUGCUUCUGCAAAUUCGGCUUCGUGGCCACACGCAGGCCAAACAUAUGCCUUCGUCGCAGGACUCGGUAACCUCUGCGUGUCCCUGUGUUUACGCCUGUCGGAAGUUUGCAACACAUGCAAUUACCCCACACAUGCACCUCCGUCUCUCAGAACAGACAUUGGACUGUGUGUAGUGUGCGCAGUGAACCUUAAAAAACAUGCUCUCGUCCAGAGCCUGAUUGUAGGAAGGGCUCAUAUGAUAGAACAUAACAUAUCAUUGUCAAAUCAGUUUUCACGCCCCCCCCCCAUUUCACAUUUAAAGAAAUUCAGACAAGUAAUAUGUUUGUUUUAUUGUUUGUAAUUAUUGUUUUUUAAAAUGUUUUGUUAAGUAUAAAUUGUGCAUUUUUGUGAUUUUUUUCUUUCUCUCUUACUUUGAAAUGCUGAUGUCAAGCCCUCUCUUGUUUUAAUAAGGAAAUAUUUUUCUACCAGGUUUUCUGCUGCAGCCCAUUUCAUAUUUCUAUACGUUUUAAAUGAUAUGAUGAUUUUUCCCUUUACAUUCCCAUAAGUCCACAAAAUGUUCAAUUCUAAACUCUUCUAACCACACACUUUUGAUUUUGUGUUAUUGUACAUUUUGUCUGUUUAUAUAAGAAUGGUCCCUGCCCUACCCCUUGUUGUUGUUAUUUGUUGAUGUUGUUGAUGUGAGAAGGCUGAAGUGUUUGUAUAAUUUGACAUGUACACUAACGUGUUUGUUAAGCUAGAAGGAAAGGUCAUGCACUUAGCAAUAAAUGUAGUGGGAAUAUUUGCUUAUUCCAGAAAUCCAAGAAAGUUUGACAAUCAUUGACAUAAAUGCUGCAUCAAAGUAUUUAGAAAACCAAAGACGCUGUUCAGAUGAGAAGAAUUGAAUUUAAAAAAAGAUGAUGGCAACCAGUCAUGUCUUUGUUGUUCUUGUGUUUUGGAGCAUUGUGUUUUGUUCACUGAUACUGUGACGGUGACAGAACCUCUGCAGAGACGAGACAACCUGCCGGCAGAGCCACGCUGCUCCCGGCAGCUCUCCAUCAUAGAGGCCUUCAUGGUGCAGCGGAUAAAUGGAAGUCACUUUGCUGCCAAAGACUCUUCUACAAAGUAGUGACUUGAGGGUCUGAAUACUUUUUAAAAAAGAGAUAUCAGUUUUUGAUUUUAAUAAAGUUGUAAAACAUUUUAAAAACAUGUUUUCACUUUGUUGUCGUGGAUUAUGGAGAAGAAUACUCAACCAAUUUCCAUGA